AUGUUAAUAUUAGGCACCUUUUUCUUAUUAUUUUCUAAAUCACUAAUCAAUUCUUCCGAACUUCCAUCAACUUCCACAAAAAUCGAUCCAAAUACAAUCUUAGUUUUGUUCGGAACUCGACACGGAAAUCGAAAUCCGGAGGAUUUUUUGCCAGGAAAUUCGAGAAGUUGGGGAUUUGAAGGAGUUGCUGAAUUGACAUCGUUUGGGAAGAGGCAAGGAUAUGGAUUAGGAGUUGAGAUGAGGAAAUUUAUUGGGAAUUUGGUAAUAAACUCAAGCCUAAGCCUCAGCUCAAGAUGAAAAUAUUUGCAGACUUCCCGUAACUUCAAUACAACCGAAGCCCAAUAUUUCUCAAGCACAGCGAAUCGUUGUCAAAUGACCAUUCAAACAGUCACCGCCGCACUUCAUAUCCCUGAAACAUGGGGAGAUUGGGACACAAAAACAAAUUGGUCCCCGGUUCCAUACACAACUAAUGAUCCAUUAUUACGAAUGUACUCGGUGAAAGAAUGCACAAAUAGUGAUAAAGUAUGGGCACUAAUUCUAAAUGAUCAAUUGGAUCAAUUGCAAGAAUUAAAACGAGAUAGUGCGAGAGAGUUGGCGUAUUUCCAAGCGAAUACGGGGUGGAAUAUGUCGAAUUUGGAAAAAGCUGCUGAUUUGGCUGAUAAUUUGAUUGAAAUUGUGAGUUGAACUGAUUGCAGGUUAGAUAAGGAUGUUGGACUUUCAUUAGGGGUUUUGAAAAAUCGUUUUUCAGGAUCUCUACAAUGCCACAUAUCCAAACUGGAUUGAACAUCCAACACUUUCCGGUUACAACAGCGCCACUCUCAAAGCCAAAAUUCGUUCCUUCUGUAAGUCUUCUGGACUCUAAUGUUUUUUUAAUUUAAAACAUUUUUUUCAGCCGAGGUUCAUUCAUUUGCUUGCGCUAAUUAUUAUGCACCAUGUCGAUCUUUGAUGGCUGGACUUUGGUUGAAUGAUUUGAUCACAAGGUUGGAGGCAGCAAAUUCAGGAAAUUCACUGAAAAUUGUUGGAUACGCUUCGGUAAAUUAUAGAUUUCGAUCUCUAUUCUGAAAUUAAUUUUCUUCCAGCACUCCCAAACCCUAUUAUCUGUCAUGAAAUUAUUAGGAAUCGAAAAAGAGGAACUCACAACAUCUGCUGGUUUUGUAAUCGAAUUCAAAAAAGUUCCAAAUGCUUCUAUUCGAAUUCUGAAUCAUGAUCCAAAUCCAAUUGAUCAACAUGUUAUUUAUCCCUCAAUUUUAUCCAAAGAUCUUCAAAAAAUCACCAGAAUUUCGAAUGGAUUUAUACCACUGACAGAGUUUGUGGAACUUGUGAAGAAUAGAGCAUUUUCAGAUUGGAAAUCAGAAUGUAGUGUUGUGACAAGUGAAAUUCGAUCGAGAAAAGCUGUUUGUCUUUUUCAAACAUCGCAAACGGUUUGA